UUGCAGGAAAUGCAAUAAAAAAAACAGAAGACCGAUUAUGAAUAGCCAAUAUGAACGAAUGACAAAUUUAACACGAGAAAGAUGCAAGGAUGGUAUCAUUAUAUCAGCCGCAUUAACUUCUUUAUCUAAUGAUCUCCUAUACUUUUUCGCUUUAUUGUAUUGCUUCUUAGGCACUGCAAUCGUUGCAGAUGUCUUCAUGUGCUCUAUCGAAAAAAUUACAUCAUCAUCCAGAAAAGUUAAACUAAAAAAUCCGCCAAAAAACACAAUGCAUGAAACCGAUGAUCUGGAAGAAGGUAGAGAAGUACGCGUUUGGAAUCCAACUGUAGCCAAUUUAAGUUUAAUGGCAUUGGGAAGCAGUGCACCUGAAAUCUUGCUUUCAAUAAUUGAAAUUACAGCCAAUCAUUUUCGGGUUGGUGAUCUUGGACCAAGCACUAUUAUUGGUUCUGCAGCUUUCAAUUUACUAUGCAUCACAGCUGUAUGUGUCUUGGCUGUACCAUCACCAACAGUUAAACGAGUUCAGGAGACAUUUGUUUUUGUCACGACGUCAUUGUUUAGCUCUUUGGCAUACAUUUGGCUUUUAAUUAUACUGGUGGUAAUAUCGCCAAACGUAGUAGAGCUAUGGGAAGCACUAGUGACUUUUGGUUUCUUCUUCGUCUUAAUAAUUGUUGCAUAUUUGGUGGAUAUCAAAAUUUGGAGACGUAGCAAAGCUUACCUGAACGAGGAGUAUCAAAUUGAUGGUACUGAUGAUGAGAAAUGUAAGGACGAGGAUAUUGACACUUAUCUAAAAAAGUUUGCUAGCGAAAUGGAGUUCGGAAAUAAUAUGGUCAAAUCAACGAGUAAAAUAGGUGACCACAAAAUAUUAUGUUCUAUAUUGCGGUGGAUUUCACGAGUUUAUCCGAAUCUCUCACUGGAUGAACAAUCCAAGUUAUUGGCUUCCAAACUAAGGGACAUGCAGAAUCGCAACCGUUUGUGCUAUCGUCUACAGGUGGUAGGGAGAUUGGCUGCUGCCACUCGAAAAAUGGAUUUGAAAUGGAAUUCCAAAAGAAUGCUGGAAGAGGCCUACAGGGCAAAUAAAACACCAACAGCUGGAGGGACGAUAGAAUUUUCGGCCCGCGUAUAUUCGAUCACUAAAGGAAGCAAUAAAGUUAUGUUAAGGAUUAUUCGACAUGACCCAACCGACAAAACAGCUACAUUUUGCUGUUCGACGAAAAACGGUGUAGUCAAGAAGGAUCUUCAUUUUCUAUCAAAAUCGGAAACUAUACAAUUUAAACCUAGUGAAAAGGUCAAGGAAAUCUACAUAGAUUUGGUAGAAGGUACAAAGUGGCGACCGGGUGAUGUAUUCUACGUUUGUUUGAAACAGCUUGAAAACGACCAAGAGAACACAAUCGGGGAGACAAACGUGGCGAGAGUUCAGAUCACCGAUGAUCCUUCAACUUUGAUCAAUAAACCAAUGGUACAGUUCGUCAAAAACAAUUACAUUGUAAAAGAAAAUCAGAAGUAUGUACGAGCUUUCGUUACCUGCCUUGGCCAACGUAAUGAGUGCACUUUUAAUGUAUAUUAUGAAACAGAAGCUGUUACAGCCAAAUGUGGUAAAGAUUAUAAGGGGAUUAGUGACGGAGUAUUGACGUUUGUGGGUAAUGAGUAUGAGAAGUAUAUCGACGUGAGGAUAUACGACGAUAUGAGUGAAGAGAAAGAUGAAACGUUCAAUAUACAUCUUACAUCUUCAACAGGAGGAGUAACAAUUGGGCCUAAUAAAUGUGCUGUAGUCACAAUUAUUUGUAAUGAUAAUGCAUUGAAAAACAUAACGAAUGUUCGAAAACUGACAUCAUAUUACUUUAAAGAAAUGACGUACGGAUCCAAUACAUGGCUUGAUCACUUCAUUCGAGCGACAAGCAUCAAUGCCGGUGAUAUUGACAAUGCGACACUGAUGGACUGCGUGCUACACAUUUUGUCAUUUCCAUGGAAAGUCAUGGCAGCUUUAAUUCCUCCAGCCACAAUCCUGGGCGGAUGGUUGGCCUUCUUCAGUGCGCUAGUCCUGAUUGGCUUCAUUACUGCCGUUAUAGGUGACCUGGCAAGCAUUCUUGGUUGCAUGAUCGGCCUAAAAGAUGCCGUUACAGCAACAACUUUGGUUGCGUUGGGUACCAGCCUACCGGAUACAUUUGCAUCAAAAAUUGCUGCUCGAAAUGACGCCACAGCCGAUAAUGCUAUCGGCAACAUAACUGGUUCCAAUGCGGUAAACGUAUUCCUCGGACUUGGAUUACCAUGGACCAUUGCUGCUAUAUACUGGUUCAUCAGAAAUGAACCAUUCGUAGUCAACGCUGGCAGUUUGUGUUUUAGUGUUUCGAUAUUCAUGGUUACAUCUACAAUCUAUAUGCUAUUGCUAACAGCUCGACGAAUUUUGGCAUUCUUUGGAAAAGGGGAACUUGGAGGUCCGGUAGGGCCUAAAGUUCUCAGUGCUUUAAUUCUCGUUAUUCUUUGGUUGGGUUAUGUAUUGUUGUCGGCUUUACAGACCUAUAAUUACAUUUCUGUUUGAUAUUGCUAUGCAAUAUUCCGUCAAAUCACUCUGGAAAUUAGUCAUUAACGUUCAAGUCGCUUAUCAGAACACCCGAAAAUUAAUUUAGUAUCGCCGAAAAAAUUCAAAGGUAAGUAGCGCUGGCAGGUAGAAAUUAUUGAUUAAUUCAGACCUGAAACUCAUUAGUAA